CUCGGCAUAACCAUUCACAUCACAUACAUGCACAAGACGCAAGCUCCGCCAAAGUUAAAACUGAACCCGCCUUCGGGAUGAAUAAUAAUUCUAAAUAUCAGAGGCAGUGCGCGAAAACAGACCCCCAUUAUCGUGUGUGGAGAAUUAUUAAUUUUUCGAAAGCCUCACUAUCUGUUUACUAGGAAACAUCAUUCCUCAAUUGUCUAUUUUUGUGAUGUUUGUGUAGAUGUCUAUUGCCUGAAUUGUUUUUUAAUAUCGCCACCAUGUGUGACUGUCCCAUAGCUGGAGUUGUUACGUCUCAUGAUGCUUAUAGGAGUUGGAUUAUUUUCAAAGAGUGUAAGACUGAGAACGGCACAGUCAACACGAUUCAAGCUGGCGUACAGAAAUCCUCCGAGAGCAGCCAUCACACCAACCAAGACCUCAGCAACAUGUACGUCCUCCUGGAUUCGCUGGAUCCUCAUCUGAGGCCGGCCACUCCUGAUUUCUCGAAUCCCAAUUCGGUGGCCUUGUACGAGGAGCAUAAAAAGUUAGCUGAAGAUUAUUGGAAGCUUGAAACAGAAUUAGUUUUAGCGACCCAAAGAAAAAAUCAACUACUUGCUGCCCAAGAAGAAGAUCAGCGAAGACAGAUGCGUCUGAAAACAUUAGAGGAAGAAAAAGAAUCUCUCUUGCUCGCCAGAGAUCUUCUUCGACAGCAAAAAGAAAGCAGGUCUUCUGCAGUUGGUAAUUCAUCAAGAAACUCCGGAGACGGAUGGGUUAUCAUUCCUAGGCAUCAAGAUCAUGGAGAGAGUUAGCAUUGAUUCACAAAAGGAUAUGGAAAACAUUCAUGCAAAACCUUUGGAAUUUAAAGACAACUCUUGAGUUCAGAAAGUGUUUCAUUCUUUUACAAGGGUAGAAGUACAGAAGAUAUUUCUGCACCCUCAAUGACGACAAGAGAAUGUGAACAAUAGUGUGGAUAUUUAUUAUCUAAUGCAUCAUUUCAAGAGUUCUCUAAUUUUUAUACUCUUUAAUCUGAUCCCUAUAUUUAUGGAUUGCCACACCUAUAGGAUACUAGUACUUAUAUUUACAUCUUUUGUUGUAUAAAAGAUAACAGUGUUUUUGGCGAGAUUUUUUUACUAUUGUACAUUUGUAAAUGUUUCUGUAAUAUUAAUAAAUAAUCUUGUUUUUUCUCAAAAUAUUAUUAAGUAAUAAAAUAAUUACUUCAAUGA